AUGGUUAAUAAUAAGAAUAAUAAUAAGAAUGUUAAGAGUAACAACAACAAUAAUAAUAAGAAACCAUUAAAUAAAUCAAAAGAGAAAUCUAUUGAUGAAUUAUAUGGCAAAGGUGAAAUAGAUUCUUUUAUGGAAAAGAAAUCGAUGAUUUCAUUGGGUGAUAUUAAAAAGAAUAAGAAACAACAAGCAAAACGAGUUGAAGUAUUACCAGUAGAUGUUUCAGAUGAAGAAGAAGAAGAUUUUGACGAGUUACAAGAUGACUAUGUAGAAGAUGAAGAUGAUUACAUUGAUGAUGAAGAGGAUGAUUUUGAAGAGGAGGAAGAAGAAGAAUCAUCAGAAGAAGACUCAAAGUUGGCAAGACUUAAACAAAAGAAAAAGAAUGCAGAUUUGGAUAACAAGUUGUCUUGGGGUAAAGAAAAGGACGAUUUCUAUCAUCAAGAUGACGACGAAUAUGCAGAGGAUUCAAUGGACGAGGAAGAAGAGGAAGAGGAAGCAAAGGAAUUACAAAAACAAAGAAACAAAAUGAUCAAGGACGACGAUUACAAUGAUGAUCAAGAGUUUGAAAAGAUUAUCUCCAAAAAGGUAUCAAAAGAUAAAAAGGCCUCAAACGAAUCAUCUGAAGAAAAACUUUUACAAAAUAUGAACAAAGAUUUAUCAUCUAUUGAUUUUGGUCAAAGCCAAGAUAUUGAAAAGAUUAAAAAAGAUUUAAGUCAUUUUACAAAGAAAGAAAAAUUAGAUUUUUUGGAAAACGAAUCACCAGAACUUAUUGAAUUGAUGAAAGAGUUUAAAUCUAAAAUCUCUGAAAUCAAAAAUACAAUUUUACCAAUCCUUCAAAAAGUUAAAGAUGGUCAAUUACCAACCAACAAGGGUGUUAGCUUUUUGGAAACUAAAUAUCGUAUGUCUCAAACCAACAAAAAAAAAAGAAAAAGAGUUUGA